AUGUCGUAUCGCAGGGUUUCACCCUUGGAUCCCGUUAAUUGUAAGGAGGAGCUCGAGUUGGUGGGGGAGUCGGCGGAUAAGGGGAAUUGGAGGUCUGUUAGGUCUCCUCCCAUGGUGGUGAAGAAGGGAAUGGAGGCGACAACGAGGGAGGGGAAGACGGUGAUUGUGAUUGUGGUUCAGGACACUGGUCCAAAAGAUGCUGCUUAUGGGAUCUACACUGUGAUCGAUAUACCCGUUUAUAGAACCGGUGCCAACAAUGACCUCGGCAGCGAUUCUCCCUUACUCGAUAUUGCCGAAUGUAUGCAUCAGUGCUCUCAAAUCCCCAAGUGUAGGAUGGUCUACUUCUAUAAAAAGCUCCGCACUUGUUUCUUCGCGACGAUACCAGGUACUUUAAGUGGACAUGCGCCCGAUUACGGCGCUGCUUGGUUCCUUGGAUCUUGA